AUGCCUCUCAAGAAACCCGACCUGAAGAAGGAGACAACCAAACUGGCUGCAGCCCCAGAGCCUCCCUUCGACCCCAAGAGUGUGAAGAUUGAAUUCACUGCAGAGCAGAUUGAAGAGUUCAAAGAAGCCUUCAGCCUGUUUGACCGGACGCCGGCGGGAGCGCUGCAGAUCAGCUACGCACAGUGCGGGGACGUCCUGCGCGCCCUGGGCCACAACCCCACCAACGCCGAGGUCCUCAAGGUGCUGGGAAAGCCCAGAGCAGAAGAAAUGAACACAAAGAUGCUGGACUUUGAGACCUUCCUGCCCAUCCUGCAGCAUUUCACCAGGAACAAGGAGCAGGGCACCUUUGAGGACUUUGUGGAAGGGCUGCGUGUGUUCGACAAGGAGGGCAAUGGGAUGGUGAUGGGCGCUGAGCUGCGGCACGUGCUGGUCACGCUGGGGGAGAAGAUGACAGAAAGUGAGGUGGAGCAGCUCAUGGCAGGACAAGAAGAUGCCAAUGGCUGUAUCAACUAUGAAGCUUUUGUCAAGCACAUCAUGUCUGGCUGA